GAUGGAGACUGUAGAGUUCGUCACAGUCGCGUAAACACAACAGGUAAACUUACCUGUCUUGUCAUUAGAGGUACAUGUGGUAGUGACAUUUGUUUACCGAAACAAGUCUUUACAUUGAAUCGUGGGCAGACUAUUCUCGACAAGUAGUCGAUGAGUCCGGGUCAUAAAACUGAACAAUGCUAACAUAUCACACUAUUUUUUCAGUCCGAAAUCGAUGGACGACCUAUCGUAACGUUUUGAUGUUGAUAUGUCUUGUCCAGUUGAUUCACCCGUCAGCUUCCGAUACGCCAUGUGUUUGCCUUACAGAGCCUAUGAGGUCCGGAUCUCUGGAUAGUCCGAUCCUUCUUCUCGAGAAUAUAGACGAGCUUGGCGGAUACCUCGUGGCCGAACAGAACGGUAAGAUACACUCAUAUACGUCAUUGUGGAAAGAGCAUGAGGAGCUGUUCCUGGAUUUGAGUGACUAUGUGACAUUUACCGAUCAAGAUCCCACGGAAGAACGAGGGCUGUUAUCGUUUGCGCUGCAUCCGGAAUAUCGCGUUAACCGGAAGUUUUAUACGUAUUCUACUCGGACUUACGACAAAAACAAUUACAUCGUAAUAUCAGAGAUUACGGAGAAGAACGGACGAGGUGAUUUGUCCACCGAGAAAAUUCUACUUGCCAUCCAACAGCCUUCUCCCUCACGGAAUGGCGGAACGGUGGUGUUUGGACCUGACGGCUUCCUCUAUGUCAGUGUUGGAGACGGAGGGUUGCCAUUAAACACGACUAAAGAACAGUUGGCUGAUCAGGCUCAGGAUGGACAAAGUCUUCUUGGCAAAAUUCUAAGAAUAGACGUGAACAGACGGAAAAUUGUAGACAAUAUGUUGCGGUAUUUCCGCAUUCCGCCUGACAACCCAUUCAUUGGCAACCAGAGCUUCCGACCGGAAGUGUAUGCGUACGGCUGUAGGAACAUGUUCCGGUGUAGCUUUGAUCAAGGAAGUCCAGGGAAGGAGCUUUAUUGUGGAGACAAUGGUAACAACGAUCAGGAGGAAAUCAAUAUCAUCAAGAAAGGUGGAAACUACGGGUGGAAUAAAAAGGAGGGAACUAUCUGUUUAUCACCGGGAAACUGUCAGCUGGAGAACGAAGUACUACCUAUAUACACAUUCAACAACUCGGCGACCCACCACGCUGUUAUAGGAGGCUACGUGUAUCGCGGAUCUGCUUUCCCAGAAUUUGACGGACACUACCUGUUCGGGGACUUCACAGGCGGGCUGAUGGGUUUGGACAACACUACAGGUCAGCUAGUUCGACACAACAUCUCGGUCUGCUCCAAAGACGCAUGUCCGUGUGGCGCACGCGCCGAAUACGACGUGUUCCUGCGCACGCUUAGUCAAGAUAACGACGGUAACUUAUCAGCUUGCAAAAGUAGACACAUCCUAAAAGUAAAAACAUUUCAUUUGCUAAAGAUGUACAUGUAUGUAUAA